ACCAUCAACAGCAGGUACAGAGAGGCAGUGGCAGUGUUUCUUUCCACAGAGCAACUGAAAUUUACAAAAGACUAACAGCCAAAGGAACUUUAAAACACUACUUUUAUGUGGUUCUUUUGAAGAUCUCUAUCAUGGAUAAUAAGUCAGAGGUUUAUCUCUUCUCUCUGGUCUUGUUGUCGGGGCUUCUUCGGUGCUCAGGGGUCAUCAUGUUCUGGACCGCCUAUGUCAAAGUCUCCUACCUGGACAGCAUGGGCAACCAGACCGUCAAUCACCUUUGCGAGUGUGGCUUGUACGGUCGCGAUUCUCCCCGGCUUGCGGCUUCAGGCAUUGUUGUCCUGCCCGCCUCUGACCCUCUUGGCUGUGGAAGUGACCCCGUCUACAGCCCCAACAACUCCGUGCCCUGGAUUGCCCUGAUCAAGAGAGGAAACUGUAGCUUCAGUGACAAGAUCAAUGCCGCCAAGCGUCAGGGGGCAGACGGUGUUGUGAUCUAUAACCUGGAUCUUACAGGAAACAUUGACAUGGCACACCAAGAAGCCCAAGGCAUUGUGGCCAUCAUGAUUGGCAACGUUAUGGGCAUGGACUUAGUCAACCUUGUGCAGAGUGGCGUUGAGGUAACGAUGGUUAUCGAGGUCGGUAAACUUUACAAACUCUGGGUUCUGGACACCUGUACGUUGUAUUUCCUGUCCAUCUCAUUCUUUGUAGUAUUGGCAGCUUCCAUUGGCUACUUUAUCUUUGUCUCUGGCCAAAGACUUCGUAUCCUCCGGGGGGAGCAAAACACAGAGUCACGGCUCAAGUCUGAGGCAAAGAAAGCCAUUGGUCGGUUAGAAGUGCGCACGUUGAAACGAGACGAUGAAGAGAUCGGGUCCGACUCCCACACCUGCGCCGUGUGCAUCGACUCCUACAAGCCAGGAGAGGUCGUGACUGUUCUCACCUGUGGACACUUCUACCACAAGGCGUGCAUCGAGCCCUGGCUGCUGGAGAAGAGGACCUGUCCCAUGUGCAAGUGUGACAUCCUGAAGGCUCUGGGCGUGGAUGCUGAGGAGGAGAAGGACGGUUCACCCAACUCUCCACCAGAUGUCACCGUGGUGACGGUGUCAGGUGAAGAGCAUCUCUACAAUGUGCCGCUGACAGACACGUCGACCCCGGAACUUGCAAGGCACCAGGACCCGCAUCACUAUAACAACGUGGCCUUCGAGGGAGAAUCUCAGAUCAUGAACAAUAUGGCUGCCAGAGGAUGAACAAAACAAUCAGCGGACUCUGUCCAAUCACAACGCAACACUGUAUGUAUCACUGUAUCAGUAGUUUAAGGUCAAACUUGUGUGUUGACUAAAUUGUGUGGUUGAACAGGGCGUCAGAGCUUUUGUUAUGAUCAAAUGAACACUAUGCUUUUGCACUGUGAAAUCAUGUCUCAAUUAAAUAAAAGGUCCUUCCUGGACUGUACCAAUCAUGUCUCAGUUAAAAAAAGGUCCUUCCUGGACUGUACCAAUCCAAAAUUCAAGGGGUUGGAUUUGGAUUCAGUUAUUGAGAACAGACUUUUGUCAACUUGAAUUUGUAAAGAAGUUUACUUACAUUUUGUCAUUUAGCAGACUUCUUUGACCUUAGGCAAGAAGUAUGUCUUAACGAUAUGCAGUUUAACACAAUCACAAGUUCUUAUAAUAUUGAUAUAUUCUGCUGUGUAUUUUACUGUUUUAGUAAGCUAAUGCCAACCCCAAUAUCAAAAUAUGCGUAUUCAAAUUAGACUUCCAAUUAUGGUCUGACUUUAAAUGUUAUUUGUUUAGAUGUAGGCUAAUUGCACACUCAUUAUAACUUCCUUAAGCCUGACUUACUGGACGAAUCAGGGACAACAUUGUCAAGAUUGUGUACAUUUUGUCAGAUGACAUGUACUGGGGGUUAUGUAAAAUGAAUUGUUGUCCUAUCUGUUGCAUUGAGAGUACCCAUCUCAUGUCUGGAAGCUGAAGUCAGCACUAUACAACUCUGGUUAUGAUGUCCACAACAUAGAAACUUCACUGUAAUUUAGUCAUUUAGCAGACACUCUUAUCCAGAGCGACUUACAGUAAGUACAGGGACAUUCUCCCCCGAGGCAAGUAGGGUGAAGUGCCUUGCCCAAGGACACAACGUCAUUUGGCACGGCCGGGAAUCGAACUGGCAACCUUCAGAUUACUAGCCCGCUUCCCUAACCGCUCAGCCACCUGACUCCCUAAUUGAAAAGCAUUUGCAACAGUAUUACAUAAAUUAAGAUUAUUUAAGUUUUUGCUCUUUGCCAGAUGCUGGAUUUUUUGGCAUGGACUUUUUUAAAGGCAUUGACUUGAGCUAAAUGUAUUGCAGCUGAGGUCUGAUGUUUUACGUUAGACUGCUAAAUGGGCAUGUCAAGGAAGGAUCUGAACAAAUAAACUUCUGUAACUCCUCUAAACUGAUCAAUAGGUGAAUCUCCUGAUCUUAUCAUUUUCAGGACCAGUUUUUCCAUCGUAUUGUGUUUCAGUGUAACUGUUUCCGUGUUAGAUAGCUCCUGCAUUGAUCAACUUCAUGUCAACAACAAAUUCUUUGGAAGUUGGCUAGUUUUAGAUAAAGAUUGGCCUUCUUAUAUGUAAAUAUUAAGAUCUUCUGCAUGGUGCAUGUUGUGUCUUACUGUAAUAAAAAGAAGCCCACCUCAUUUUGUUGAGAAGUAUACUAUUUUGGGUACUGAAAUAAGAAAAUAGUUGU